AUGGGUAAGCAAACACCAUACAUCGAUGCUAUUCAGGCUGCGCUUAUCUGCGGUAUCAUUCGGUCUGAAAUUGGAACUACCAUCUGGAAACUUCUCAGUUACCUCCCCAUCGAACGGAUAAAGUUUCUCUACUCGAUCGAUGAUGUUCUAAACGAACACGGCGAGCGGGCGAUACAGAAGAUGCGCAGUGAGGGUGGCAAUGCCAAGAAUCUCUUCAAUCAAAUGAUAGCUGCUGGGGAAGACAGUAAGACUGCCGCGCUUUCGAACAAACACAUCAGGGAGGAAGCGGCCGGCUUCAUUGUGGCCGGAUCGGACACUACCGCGGUGACGCUCACGUAUCUCGUCUGGGCGGUUCUCAAGCAGCCCGAUCUGCAGUCUCGACUCGAGAGCGAGAUUGGAGAACUCAGCGAGGAGCUUACGAAGGAAGAGCUCGAGACUGCGCCUCUAUUGAACAGCGUCAUCGCAGAGACUUUGAGGCUUUAUGGCGCUGCUCCUGGUGCGUUACCUCGGGUUGUACCGAAACAGGGCACUGUCAUAGGCGGCCAUCACGUCCCCGCCGAUACUGUGGUCAGCACCCAGGCUUACACAAACCAUCGCGAUCCUUCCGCCUUUCCCAAUCCCCACAAUUUCGACGGUCUUCGCUUUUUGGACAAGAGCAUGAUGUCAGCACAUCAGAAGGCGUCAUACAUGCCCUUUGGAGCUGGCUCGAGGGUGUGUAUCGGCAUACAUCUGGCGUACAUGGAGCUCCGCUUAGGAGCUGCUCUCUUCUUCCGACAUUGUCGCGGCGCCAGAAUCUCCGACUCCAUGAGCGAUGAGAUGAUGGAGAUGGACAACAACUUCUUGAUUGCUCCCAAGGGCCAUCACUGCUACAUCACCCUGAGAUGA